GUGAAACACACAAACAUCUUGAGUAUUCAAACGAAAAAUAAAUGGAUCACCGAAACGAUUAAAGAGUUCGAUAAACCUAUGGGGGAAAGAAAAAAAAGUCUAACAACUAGAUAUACGGUGAUAAAGGGUAUUCUUUUUACUAAACCAACAUUGAAAUCACCUAAUCCUAAAGUAGUUCUUCCUCAUAACUCAGAAUUCACUAAGACUCUUAUUAAAGUUUUCCAUGAAGAUCCAAAAGUCGGCGCCCACUUAGGCAUUUUUAAGACCGUCGCCGCAUUGAAAAGACGUUUCUAUUGGACUAAUAUGAAUAAAGAGGUUGAAACCAUUUUGAAAAGUUGUGCUCUAUGCGCAUCAAGAAAAAUAAUGCCAAAAGACAAGUAUGUCCAACCUCUGGGAAUGUACUUAACUCCUGUUAAACCUUUUGAUAGAGUCCACGCAGACAUACUUGGACCACUACCUUUAACCAAAAAUGAUAAUAGAUAUGUCUUAACAAUCCAAGAUUCCUUUACUAAGUGGGCAACUGCGAUACCACUUCCAAAUAUCACAACAGUGACGACUGUUAAAGCAUUUUUGAGUCACUUCAUAUACGUUUUUGGUCCACCUAAACAUCUGGUAACAGAUAACGGUAGCAAUUUCACAUCCGAAGCUUUUGAAACCUUUUGUGAAGCUUUUGGGAUCGGACACAUGAAAAGUCCACCCUACGAGAAAAACAGCAACGGUCAAGUUGAGAGACUUCAC